GAGUGGAUUAGGCGGUGGUGGUGGGGGGUCUCUCUUCCCCUGCAUCCACACCGUCUCCUCCCCCACUUCCUUGCUUUCCGGAAAGCAGUUCUCUGAGCCUCUAGAGCUCAAGAGGCAGAAAUGAAGCUGACCCUGGCGUCCAGUUGAGCUUGCCCCGAGGGAACGAGGUUUGGGUGGCUCCCAGCGUGUGCGGUGGGCGGGCAGUGUGAGCAGGCGGGGAGGCUCCUCCCGGCUCUCUGAAACCUCACCAGCUCCUCGGGCGGACGCCCACUCUGGCUGUGCCCCGGGGCUGACCAGGUGAGCGGCCAAACCGUUUGAGCCCAGGGACGGGCGCAGCCCUGCGGGAUGGGACCCUCGGGCUCCAAGUCAGCGCGGAACCCUGCUCCCGGAGCCACCGCCCUCUUUCCCGCCCCGGGCGGCCGUUCCGGAGCCUGAACCCAGGGAACGCGCGCUCCCUCCAGCGUGUCCUCAUCUUCAGCUGCUGCCUCUGCGUCCCCGACACUCCGGCCUGGGGGCGACUCCUAGGUCCCCACCGAGCGCGAGCCCAGACGACCCGACGUGUCCCCGCCUGGACCCAGGACCACCCCCCCGCUCCCGCCCCACGUGCCUCCGGGAGCCUCCGGGACCCGACCGAACACGCCUCCCCGAACCCGCCACCCGGGUUCUGGGCGCCCGGUGGCCACGGGAGCGAGGACAGAGAGUGCGGGGCGGGGGUUGCCUUGCGGCAGAGCCGCCGGCCUCUGAUCUGCGGUGGUGAGAGCGCAACUCCCGCCCGAGCCCAGCCAGGAAAGGGCGCCGAACAGAGGAGGGAGAGAGUGGACCUGUGCUCUCCCUGUGGGCCUCCGGGAGCAGCAGCUUGUGUCCCCGCGUCCGGAAUAAAGAGCCCAGGACCUCGUCUGCCCGGCGCCGGGAUGCCGCAGGCUUAGCUUGGAGCUUGGAUACUGGACCCCAAGGAUGCCUGCAGGAACACCUUGACUCAUUAAGGAAGUCCUGAGUGUCAGCAGAAAGGGGAGUCUUCAGCCUCUCAACAUCCCGGAGGAAUUCCCAGGAGUGUUGCUCAAGCCUUUACCCGGCCAGAUGGAGGUCACCGUGGCGGUCAUGGAUGAGACUGUCACCAACACCUCAACCACCUAUUUUCCUAUGCUCGACCCCCAUGGAGCCCAAGCUGCUUCCUUCCCAUUCAACGUCAGCUAUGGCGACUAUGAUAUGCCCUUGGAUGAAGAUGAGGAUGUGACCAAUUCCUGGACCUUCUUUGCUGCCAAAAUUGUCAUUGGCAUGGCACUGGUGGGCAUCAUGCUGGUCUGUGGCAUUGGCAACUUUAUCUUCAUCGUUGCCCUGGCCCGCUACAAGAAGCUUCGCAACCUCACAAACCUCCUCAUCGCCAACCUGGCCAUUUCUGACUUCCUGGUGGCCAUCGUCUGCUGUCCCUUUGAGAUGGACUACUAUGUGGUACGCCAGCUCUCCUGGGAGCAUGGCCACGUCCUGUGCGCCUCCGUCAACUACCUGCGCACUGUCUCUCUCUAUGUCUCCACCAACGCCCUGCUGGCCAUCGCCAUUGACAGAUAUCUGGCCAUUGUCCACCCGUUGAGACCCCGGAUGAAGUAUCAAACAGCCACUGGCUUGAUCGCCUUGGUGUGGAUGGUGUCCAUCCUCAUUGCCAUACCUUCAGCCUACUUCACCACUGAAACCGUCCUCAUCAUUGUCAAGAGCCAGGAGAAGAUCUUCUGCGGCCAGAUCUGGUCAGUGGACCAGCAGAUCUACUACAAGUCCUACUUCCUCUUCAUCUUCGGCAUCGAGUUCGUGGGCCCGGUGAUCACCAUGACCCUGUGCUACGCCAGGAUCUCCCGGGAACUCUGGUUCAAGGAGGUACCCGGUUUCCAGACGGAGCAGAUCCGGAAGCGGCUGCGUUGCCGCCGGAAGACGGUCCUGGUGCUCAUGUGCAUCCUCACCGCCUACGUGCUGUGCUGGGCUCCCUUCUACGGCUUCACCAUCGUGCGCGAUUUCUUCCCCACCGUGUUCGUCAAGGAGAAGCACUACCUCACAGCCUUCUACGUCGUCGAGUGCAUCGCCAUGAGCAACAGCAUGAUCAACACAGUGUGCUUCGUGAGCGUCAAGAACAACACAAUCAAGUACUUCAAGAAGAUCAUGCUGCUCCACUGGAAGUCUUCUUAUAACGGGAGUAAGUCCAGCGCCGACCUCGAUGUCAAAACCACGGGGGUCCCUGCCACCGAGGAGGUGGACUGCAUCAGACUGAAAUAACCCCUUCGACCUUCAGCGUUUAAACACGGAACAGGACCUAUGGGGGCACUGACCAGUGUGCUUCUGGGCACACUAUCAACCAAGAACUCGUGGUUGCUGCCCAGAGCAGGGGAAAUGGACAAAUAGGUCAACACUGUGUCCAAGGAGCUUGAAAUUUCUAAAACUGGUGUGACUGGACACCAUCAUCAGUGGCCAGCAUUCACUGAACAUCCGUUUUGUGCAAAGAGUAAGCCCUGGUGAAAUCUACACAUGCUAAUGAUGUUUAAUUGGCUAAAAAAGAAAUAGAGAUUAAUCCAAGAAAAAUGUUGGGACAUAGUCCAGAAUAAUGGAAUUUCCAGAGGGAACCUGAGUAGCCAACCAAGACUGUGGUACAUAUGUCUGUAGGGUGAGGACCUUUCUGGACCAUCUCAGUACUCAUCAGACACCCAUGUAGCCCAUCGUUGGGACUGUUCUUAGGCUUGAGUUCACUCUUAACAUUUGCAGGGCUGGGGCAAGAAUGCAGAGCUAGCGCCUGGCUCUUUUUGCAACCUUUUCUCACUCCUGGUCCUGACUCUCACCCUGGGCACCCAGGAAAGAAAAGAACAUACAAAUGGAUGUGCAUGUAUGUGGAGGCAACCAUGAGAUUCAGUGACUCUGCAGGCUGAUGGAGGGCUUGUCCCUCUUCCUAAUCCACCUCCUUUGUUUUGAAUUUUGAAUUUUGAAUCAGAAUAUCAGAUGCAGCUUUGGCUCCAUCACCUGUGUGGACCUGGGGAGAGCCUCUUGGAGGGGACAGAGAUGAUACCAGUGAUGGUUACCAAUGAGGUGGUUGUGAAAAGCCAAUGAGAUAAUAUACGGGAAAACUCUUUCAACCAUGCAAGUAGUCAAAAAAAUGGGAUGAUAGCUGUGGCUGGUGCCCUGGACAAGGAAAGACUUGUCACCCUAGCUUAUGUAUCUAGAAAACUCAUCAUCUCCCCCUUUCUUUAUUCAUUGUGUGAAUUACUACCUUACUCCUCUUAGAAGUGCUGUGUAUGCAUUGAGUUCCUAAUAACAUGUUAGUACAACAAGGGAGUGACAUUUGGUGACAGAAUUGUAAAAGGAAAUGAUAGAUUGGUCUCCAGUCAGAAGAUGAGCUCAGGCUUUUUCAAAACAUCAGAGCAUCUUUGAUCAUGAAAGUAUUGACCAUGCCUGUUCCUAUACCUGUUCCUAACCAGCAUGAAUCUGGGUGAUGGGAUACCUGUUUCUCAAUCUGGUUUUAUUCUCAUAAGGGUGGACAGCUUUAGGGCGAACUUGUCCUCUUCUUAAAUAAUUCCAGAGCAGCAUAUUUAUAAUACUAUUUAAGUGACACAUAAAUGACAUUUCCCCCUCCAAAUAUAGUCAACUCUUUAUUUUUGGCAACCAAGUUUAUAUUACUUUUCUAUGUUUUUGGUUACACCCAUGGCAUAUGGAAGUUCCCUGGGCCAGGAAUCAAACCCAUGCCUCAGCAGCAACCCAAGAUGCUGCAGAGAUGAUGCCAGAUCCAUAACCUGCUGCACCACAGUGGGAACUCUCUGAGUUUAUUUUUUCAAUAGUUACUGUAUUUCCCUGGAAGACACAUUUCAAAAACCUAUUUAUUUCUACCUAUUCAUCAUCCAGCAGACUUCCCCUACAGUUUAAUCAGAAUACUCACAGAGAAUAAAAACUAAUUAAAAUACUAGCCUAAAGCCAACAUGCUUUGUAAGGCCAUUCUGAUUUUUCAUAAAAUCGUACAUUGCAUUCUAAAAUUAGGAAAGUUAGUUUGGGGACUAAAAAAUAAUAAAAUGAUGCGAUAUGUUGUCAUUACAUUCCUCUCUUCCAUUAGGAAUGCUAAACAAGAGUUGACUGUAUUAAAUAGGAGCUUUUUAUAUGUGGCAACCAAACGUCUUUCUGAUUUUCAGGCUAAAAUGUCAAAUUUUCACUUGUGUACCUUUCUGUAAUAUUUCUAGAUAUUGUGUGUGUUUGUGAUUUUGCA